CUUCCUUCCCCUCGGGUGCGAAGACCCAGGCCAGACGGGCCGCUGUCCCAAUGUGGAGCUCUGGCGCUCGGGCUUUGCUUUGCGUGUGGGAGGUGCGACUUGCUGGGUUCCUGGGUAGGAGCUUGCUGAGCACCAGUGCUGCCUCGGGGAAGAGCAAGGCGCGGCAGUGCUGGAACUGCGGCAGCGCAGGGUGUGUGGAGAGUGGGGAUGGGUUCUUCUGCGAACACUGCCGCGCGUUGCAGCCUCCUGACCCGACUCGGGACUACUUCAGCCUCAUGAAUUGUCACCGAUCCUUCAAGGUUGACAUCGUGAAACUUAAGCACAGGUACCAUCAACUACAAUGUCUCAUCCAUCCAGAUUUCUUCAGCCAAAAGUCUCAGACUGAAAAACACCUCUCAGAGAAGCAUUCGGCCCUACUGAAUGAUGCCUAUAAGACUCUUCAGGCUCCCCUGAGCAGGGGACUAUACCUUCUAAAGCUCCAAGGAAUAGAAAUCCCUGAAGGGACAGACUAUGGAACAGACAGUCAGUUCCUUGUGGAAAUAAUGGAAAUCAAUGAGAAACUCGCACACGCUCAAACUGAGGCUGCCAUUGAAGAAAUAAAAUCCACUGUCAGAGCUAAACAGAAAGAAUUUACUGACAAUGUAAACAGAGCUUUUGAACAAGGUGAUUUUGAAAAAGCCAAGGAAAUUCUAACAAAGAUGAAAUACUUUUCAAACAUCGAAGAAAAGAUCCAGUUGAGCAAGAAUCCCUUCUAGCUGCUAAUUAAAAGUUAUAAAAAAUAAACUUUCUGUAUUUCUUUU